AUGCCUGGACUCGGUCUUUCCGUCAUGAUGUUCCUCUCGUUCCUGUCAAGUACUGUUGUUGGCGUUGCCAUUGACGUUGAUGAUACAGAGUCUAUUCUCGCGGCAGCGGCGCUGGGUGCGCACAAAGUAAUCGACUUGUACAGUGGCAAUCAAACUGGAGGCACGCUGGGAAAAUGGCCGUUCCCGCCUUACUACUGGUGGGAGUCAGGAGGAGCAUGGGGCGGGCUGAUGGAAUACUGGCAUUACACAGGCGACGACACGUUUAAUGAUGUGAUGCAAAAAGCCCUCAUAGCUCAACUCGGGCCCAAGGACGAUUUCAACGUGCCUGCUGAAGCUUUCGAUACCGGAAAUGACGACCAAGCCUUCUGGGUCUUUGUGGCUAUGGCAGCUGCUGAGUACUCCUUCCCUCAAUUGCCUGCGCCCAACCCUUCCUGGAUUCAGAUCGUCAACAAUGCCUGGCAAGAUUAUGUCUUUCGCUGGAAUACUUCUGGUUGCCAUGGCGGACUGAAAUGGCAAUUCAACCCAAACAACGCAGGAUACUACUACAAAAACAGCAUCUCUAACGGCGCCUUCUUUCAAAUAUCGGCGAGACUUGCAAGAUUCACCGGCAACGAGACGUACGUACAUUGGGCGGAGACCGUAUGGAACUGGGCGUGGGGCAUAGGGUUGAUCGACAGCAUUUACAACGUCUACGAUGGCACAGAUGAAUUGAUCAACUGCACCGGCAUAGAUCACCAUCAGUGGAGCUACAAUGUUGGUGCCUUUUUGUACGGCGCUGCUGUACUUCAGAACUUCACCAACGGAUCGUCACCCUGGAUCGACCGGACUGCUGGCCUUUUGGCCGCGACGAAUACCUUCAUCAGUCCCUUUCAAAAUGCAUCCAACAUCAUGUUCGAAGCUGCGUGUGAGAUCACCAACACCUGUAACACAGACCAGCUUUCAAUGAAGGCAUACUUGAUUCGAUGGAUGGCUGCUACUUCGAAGAUGGCACCUUUUACAGCAGGAAGAAUAGGCGAGGUUCUUCGGGCUUCGGCACAGGGUGCAGCAGCAUCGUGUACCGGAGGCAAAACCAGAGACACUUGUGGCAGCAAGUGGUAUCUUGGCCGAUGGGACGGUACAACUGGCCUUGGUCAGGAACUUUGCGCGUUGGAAGCGACGUACGCGCUGUUAGUCAACCAGACAAAUCCGCCGGCAGUGUACCCGAAUGUUGGCAUCUCACCGGCCGUUCCCUCACCGACCAUCCCUGUUACGGCAACAGAUGGUCUUCCAGCUGUCAGCGCCAGCGCCCGGCCUCUCCAUGAUGGUGCACCGGCUACACCGUCCUCGAUGCAGACAAAAGUGCUUAUCGCCGCUUUCUUCACCUCUCUGGCCAUCCUGUGA